AUGGAAAUACUAAACUCACAAGUUCUCAAAGAUGUAUUCUGUGGCAGUGUAGGAGGUCUAGCAGGCACUAUUCUUUCGCACCCAUUUGACACAGUCAGGAUUAGGCUUCAACUCCAAUGAAGCAUUCAGAAGCAGUAUUCUGGAAUCUUGGAUUGAGGAAUGCAAAUUUUAAAGGCUGAAAAUUUCAGAGGGCUUUAUAAAGGUGUCGUUCCUCCCAUAGUCUUUCAAUCUCCCACCUAUGCACUCCUAUUUUCAGGCAAAGAGUUUGGAGAUAGGAUUCUUAAUAAUUUUGGAGAUGAGAGCUCUGACCUGAAGACCUUGAUAGCUGGAUCCAUUGGAGGAGCCUUCUCAAUACUAGUUCCUGAAGAUCAGAGCACAGUCAAACCGUGAUAA